UCGAGGCGUCAUGGCGGAGGCCGGCAGUGAAAGAACCCGCAGCUGAACUGCCUACAACCUGCUACCUACAUAUUUUUGAAAAUACUGUGACCGUGCGUCAGAAUCGGAGAAAAGAUUAUAAACUCGAACAUCUGCGCUUAUUCUGAAGGAUUAAACUGAGGAAGCUUGGCCUCUCAGUCGAGCCGGGUUGUUUUGGCGCAUCUCGGCGCGGCAGCUAGCCUAGCCUAGCCUAGCCUAGCUGCUAGCAAAGAAAAAAACAGUUAGCUAUCCCGCUAGCUACAAAAGAGGAGCUCCGAAGUCGGACGGUGACGGAGGAAGACUGAAAGCUCACAGGAGCCAGGUGAACUACACAGAAUAAAGGGCAUUUGCGUGCAUUGGCACCAGCACUUAAUCAAGCGGACUGGAUCGAUUGUUUUAAGACCUUGUUUCCUUUGAAAUGGAUGGACACAGUGAAGACGAAAGCGUGAGCAACAGUAGUGCACAAUCAAGUAAUUCCGAUGAUGAGUCCGGUUCUGGCUCUGGCUCUGGGUCUGGCUCAGGCUCAAGCUCUAGCAGCAGCAGCAGCAGCAACAGCAGCAGCCAAUCAGGGAGCAGUGACUCAGGAAGCGGUUCAGACUCAGGCAGCCAGUCAGAUUCAGACUCUGAGAAGUCCAAGGAGAAAAAGCAGCUGGAGCUCAAGCCACCCAAGAUUGAUGGAGCAGAGUUCUGGAAGUCAAACCCAAGUAUUCUGGCUGUGCAACAGUCGGCGAUGCUCAGGAAGCAGCAGCUCCAACUGCAGCAGCAGAACCAGCAGCAACAAGUGCAGCAGGACAGCUCAUCCAACAGCGACUCAGAUGAGGAUACCUCAAGCAGUGAGGACUCUGACUCGUCCAGUCAAACAAAAAGGAAAAGAAAACGCAAUGAAUCAGGGUCUGGAUCUGAUUCUGGAUCUGAAUCUGGUUCCAGUUCUGACUCUGGAAGUGAUUCCGGUUCAGAAUCCUCAGACGAGGCAGAAAACACAGAUGAGACUGUGUCGGACUAUGAGCCGAGUCACAAAGUGAAAAGCAGAAAACCACCUAACAGGACAAAUACCAGAAAUGGUAAGAAGGGUAAAGUUCAGAGAAAAAAGCCAUCGGGGUCUUCCUCUUCAGAGGAGGAGGAAGACGAUUACGACAAAAAAGUGUCUGGACCCCGCCGUCAGGCUACUGUCAACGUGAGCUACAAAGAGGAUGAGGAGAUGAAGACAGACUCUGAUGACCUGGUGGAAGUCUAUGGAGAGGAUGUUCCGCAGCCUGAAGAGGAUGAGUUUGAAACUCUGGAGAAAGUGAUGGACAUGAGAAUAGGCAGGAAAGGAGCAACUGGGGGCACCACCACUGUGUACGCUGUGGAGACAGACGGUGAUCCCAAUGCCAACUUCAACCCCAAUAAAGAAUCUGGUGAAACGCAAUACCUGAUUAAGUGGAAGGGGUGGUCCCACAUCCACAACACUUGGGAGACAGAGGAGACCCUUAAGCAGCAGAAUGUCAAGGGCAUGAAGAAGCUGGACAACUUCAAGAAGAAGGAGCAGGACAGAAAGAAAUGGUUGAAAACAGCAUCUCCAGAAGACAUAGAAUACUACAACUGUCAACAGGAACUAAUGGAUGAUCUACACUCUCAAUAUCAAAUUGUGGAACGAAUAAUUGCUCAUUCCAAUCAGAAGUCUGCAGCAGGUUACCCAGACUACCUGUGUAAGUGGCAGGGCCUCUCCUACUCGGAGUGCAGCUGGGAGGAUGGUGCUCUCAUAUCCAGGAAGUUCCAGAAAUGUAUUGAUGACUACAUGAGCCGGAACCAGUCGAAGACCAUCCCUUCCAGGGACUGCAAGGCUCUCAAGAUAAGACCCAGGUUUCAGCCCAUGAAGAAGCAGCCUUCUUACCUUGGUGCAGAAGGACUGGAGCUUAGAGACUACCAGCUGGAUGGCUUAAACUGGUUGGCUCAUUCUUGGUGCAAGGGAAACAGCUGCAUUCUGGCAGAUGAGAUGGGCCUUGGCAAGACUAUCCAGACCAUCUGCUUCCUGAACUACCUGUUCCACGAGCACCAACUGUAUGGACCUUUCUUAUUGGUGGUGCCGUUGUCUACCCUCACGUCCUGGCAACGCGAGAUCCACCUGUGGGCACCCCAGAUGAAUGUGGUGGUCUACCUGGGUGACAUCAGCAGCAGAAGCAUGAUCAGGACACAUGAAUGGAUGCAUUCACAGAACAAGCGACUGAAAUUCAAUAUCUUGUUGACAACUUAUGAAAUUUUGCUCAAAGAUAAGUCUUUCUUGGGUAAUGUGAACUGGGCCUUCAUCGGGGUGGAUGAAGCUCAUCGGCUGAAGAAUGAUGACUCGCUCCUGUACAAGACCAUGAUCGAGUUCAAGUCCAAUCACAGGCUUCUGAUCACAGGAACCCCCCUGCAGAACUCCCUCAAGGAGCUCUGGUCCUUGCUGCACUUCAUUAUGCCUGAGAAAUUUCACUCAUGGGAGCUGUUCGAGGAGGAGCAUGGAAAGGGCAGAGACUCUGGCUACACAAGCCUCCACAAGGAGCUGGAGCCCUUCCUGCUCCGUAGGGUCAAGAAAGAUGUAGAGAAAUCCUUGCCUGCCAAAGUGGAGCAGAUCCUCCGCGUGGAGAUGAGUGCCAUCCAAAAGCAGUACUAUAAGUGGAUAUUGACCAGAAACUAUAAGGCUCUCAGUAAAGGCACGAAAGGGAGCACCUCUGGCUUCCUGAACAUCAUGAUGGAGUUGAAGAAAUGCUGUAACCACUGCUACCUCAUCAAGCCACCUGAGGACAACGAGUUCUACAACAAACAAGAGGCCUUGCAGCACCUGAUUCGUAGCAGCGGGAAACUGAUCCUGCUGGACAAGCUUCUGGUCCGACUCAAGGAGCGAGGCCAUCGUGUGCUCAUCUUCUCCCAGAUGGUGCGGAUGCUGGACAUCCUGGCUGAGUACUUGAAGUGUCGCCAGUUUCUCUUUCAGAGGUUGGAUGGCUCUAUUAAAGGAGAGAUGAGGAAGCAGGCUUUGGAUCAUUUUAAUGCUGAAAGCUCAGAAGAUUUCUGUUUCUUGCUGUCCACAAGAGCUGGUGGUCUUGGGAUUAAUUUGGCAUCUGCUGACACAGUGGUCAUCUUUGAUUCUGACUGGAAUCCCCAGAAUGAUCUCCAGGCACAAGCAAGAGCCCACAGAAUUGGGCAGAAGAGACAGGUGAACAUAUACCGCCUGGUAACAAAGGGAUCAGUUGAAGAAGAGAUAAUUGAGAGGGCCAAGAAGAAGAUGGUGCUUGACCACCUGGUGAUCCAGAGAAUGGACACAACAGGAAAGACUGUUCUGCACACUGGUUCUGCUCCCUCCAGUUCCACUCCUUUCAACAAGGAAGAGCUCUCUGCUAUUCUCAAGUUUGGUGCUGAGGAGCUUUUCAAAGAGCAAGAAGGAGAGGAGCAAGAACCUCAGGAGAUGGAUAUUGAUGAGAUCCUGAAAAGAGCAGAGACCAGGGAAAAUGACCCUGGUCCUUCGACAGUGGGAGAAGAGCUGCUUUCACAGUUCAAGGUGGCAAACUUCUCUACCAUGGAGGAUGAAGAAAUAGACAUGGAUGCUGAUGGCAAUUCCAAAAACUGGGAUGAAAUUAUCCCUGAGGAGCAGAGGAGGCGACUGGAGGAAGAGGAGAGGCAGAAGGAGCUGGAGGAGAUCUAUAUGUUGCCCCGCAUGAGAAACUGUGCCAAACAGAUAAGUUUUAAUGGAAAUGAAGGCAGGCGAAGCCGUAACAGGAGGUACUCUGGGUCAGACAGCGACUCUAUCUCUGAUCGAAAGCGCCCCAAGAAAAGAGGAAGACCUCGAACUAUACCACGAGAGAACAUCAAAGGCUUCAGUGAUGCUGAAAUACGAAGAUUCAUCAAAAGCUACAAAAAGUUUGGUGGACCACUGGAAAGGCUAGAUGCCAUUGCCCGGGAUGCAGAGCUUGUGGAUAAAUCCGAAUAUGACCUCAAACGGUUGGCAGAGACUGUACACAACGGUUGUGUAAGAACUUUAAGAGAGAACCCCUCUGGACCAGAGAGGACCUCAGGAGGCAGACGAGGAAAAGUGAAAGGACCGACGUUCAGGAUUUCAGGGGUUCAGGUGAACGCAAAGCUAGUGAUCUCACAUGAGGAGGAGUUGGCGCCACUUCACAAGGCCAUUCCUGCUGAUCCAGAGGAGAGAAAGAGGUAUACAAUCCCAUGUCAUGCAAAGGCAGCUCACUUUGACGUUGACUGGGGAAAGGAGGAUGACUCCAACCUGCUUAUAGGCAUUUAUGAAUAUGGUUACGGCAGCUGGGAAAUGAUAAAGAUGGACCCAGACCUUAACCUUACAUACAAGCUCUUGCCUGAUGACCCUGAUAAGAAGCCACAGGCAAAACAGUUGCAGACAAGAGCUGACUACCUCAUAAAACUUCUGAGCAAGGAUCUGGCCAAGAAGGAAGCGCAAAGGCAAGCCGGCACGGCCGGCUCCCGUAAAAGGAAGCUCAACAACAAGAAGAACAAGGCUAAGGCAGUGAAGGUGGAGGAGGUGGUCAAAAGCGAUUCAUCUCCACCUCCAUCAGAGAACAGCUCGGAUGAAGAGGAGGAAAAGGAAGAUGAAAAGGAGUCUCCCCCAGUGAAACCACCAAGCAAAAGGGCCAAGCUGGAUCGUUCGCUCAAGGAAACUGAGGAGCCAGAAGCUGAAGUGGCUGUGAAGAAGGAACCCGAGGAAAAGAAGGAAGUAAAAGAAAAGGAGAUCAAGAAAGAGAGUAAAAAGGAUAAGAAGGAAGAUACUCGGGAUUUGAAAGAGAAGAAAGAGCAGAAAGAAAAGAAAGAAACCAAGUCUGUGGAACCAAUUCUCAGAAAGGAAGAGAUCAAAGAGGAAAAGCCGAAUCAGGUUGCUGAGGCAAAAAGCGACACUCGGGAGAAGCCAAAGAAGCCUGCUGACACUCCGGUCCACAUAACUGCAAGUGGGGAGAAUGCACCCAUCUCUGAAGAGUCAGAGGAACUUGAUCAGAAGACCUUCAGUGUGUGCAAGGAGCGCAUGCGUCCAGUGAAGGCAGCCCUCAAGCAGCUGGACCGGCCGGAGAAGGGCUUGUCAGAGCGGGAACAGCUAGAGCAUACACGCCAGUGUCUGAUCAAGAUUGGCGACCACAUCACAGAGUGUCUGAAGGAGUACUCAAACCCUGAACAGAUAAAGCAGUGGAGGAAAAAUCUGUGGAUAUUUGUUUCAAAAUUCACCGAGUUUGAUGCAAGAAAAUUGCAUAAGUUAUAUAAGCAUGCAAUUAAGAAAAGACAAGAAAACACUCAGGCAGCGGACCAGAACACUAGUACUGUAAAUACUCACAGCUUUAAAAACACAGAUACAGAGAGGCUAAAGGAGAACUCUCAGCACGAUGACAGCAGCAGAGACAGCUACAGUUCAGAGAGGCACCAGUCCUCACGUUACCAUGAGCACAGUAAAGAUCGACAUGCUGGGGACCCCUACAGGAAAGGCACUGACUGCAGGAAGAGACCGUACUCGUCCUUCAGUAACGGCAAGGAGCACCGGGAUCACUACAGAUCAGACAGGCAGGACAGCAGAUACUAUAGUGAUAGUAAACACAGAAAGCUGGACGAUCACCGGUCCAGUCGGGACCACAGGAUAGACAACAGCAUGAAGGAUCGGUUGCAGUCUGACCAUCGGUCGCAUUCCGACCACAUGUCACACUCUGACCAUCGCUCCAGCUCCGACCAUCGCUCCAGCUCUGACCAUCGCUCAGGCUCCGACUACUCCCACCACAAAUCCUCCCGUGACUACCGGUACCACUCGGACUGGCAGGUGGACCACCGGGCAUCUGGCAGUGGGCCCCGUUCGCCCCGGGACCAGCGCUCCCCAUAUGAUCCCAGGUCACCCUUCGAAUACUCGUCUGACCACAAGAGCACACCGGAGCAGACCUGGUGCAGCCGCAAGACAUAACGGUAGCUGACGUGAACCGGCCAAUCCUUUAGCCAUGGACACAACAGAACACAGUAAAUGCCUUAAUCUUGGCAGAGGGGGAUGGGUUGGGGAGGGGUGCUGAUAUUUUUAUACGCAAGAGUAAUUGCUGUUCCACACAUGUCGCAGCAAGGGUGUUUUUUAUUUUUAUAAAUGGACAGCUUUUUUUAAAUGGACACACAACCCCGAGCGCUGCCUGUGUCCCACCGCCCACAACACUGGAUCAUGCUCUUGAUUUUUAUUUCUCACUCACCUGGUUGUUUGCUUAUUUAAAGACGUUUAACAGUAAGUAUGAUUCAAUGUGUCUUCACUUGUAAUCCUGCUUAGAAUGGAAUAAAGGGUUUUGUUCUGUUUUUGUGUUUCUUCUGAUUGUUUUUCAAAACAUCCUGAAGGACUUCGGCUCACCUUCCAAAGUACCUCGUUUACAGUGUGUAUUGUGACCAUCUAGCUUAAUAUAUAUAAUAUAUAUAUUUUGUGCAUCAAGCUUGAACUAUUUAAUUUCUUUCAACUGUAAAAUAACCAGGAUUUUUGUGAUCAGUUAAAGCCCCUUUUUCCACAAAAUGUACUACUGUAAAUUAUUGUAAAAUAGUAAAUUUGGGCUUUUUC